AUGCGCGCGCAAGCUAUCACCCUCCUGGCCGCUGCCGGGUCGGCACUCGCCCAGACUCAGUACACGGCCACCUCGACAAAGGACGUCUAUGUCGCCCAGGCCACCGCAAAGAGCCUGAGCCCCACGAGCAAUGUCAAGGGCAAGAUGUUCGACCGCCUCGCAAUCAUCUGGCUCGAGAAUACUGACUAUGAGCUCGCUGCCGGAGACCCGAAUCUUGCCUGGCUGGCCACCAAGGGUAUCACUCUCAGCAACCAUUUCGCUGUGACGCACCCGUCCGAGCCGAACUACGUGGCUGCAAUUGGUGGUGACUACUUUGGCAUGAACAACGACAACUUCAACUUCAUCGACGCCAAUGUGUCGACCAUCGUUGACCUGCUUGACGCCAAAGGCAUCAGCUGGAGCGAGUACCAGGAGGACAUGCCCUACAGCGGUUUCGAGGGCUUCGCCUGGGUAAAUCAGCAGAACGGGGCCAACGACUACGUCCGCAAGCACAACCCGGCCAUCAUCUACGACAGUGUCGCCAAGAGCGACGACAGAAUCGCCAAGACCAAGAACCUAACUAUGUUCUGGAAGGACCUCGAAAACGAGACCUUGCCCCAGUGGAUGUUCAUCACCCCUAACAUGACCUCUGAUGGCCACGACACCUCUGUCACUGUGGCAGGUACCUGGACUCGCACCUUCCUCGAGCCCCUCCUGAAUGAUAAGCGCUUCAUGAACAACACCCUCGUCCUGAUCACUUUCGACGAGAACUCAACCUACGCCAAGCAGAACCGCAUUCUCGGAAUCCUCCUUGGAGACGCUGUCCCCGAGAAGUACGUCGGCACUACCGACUCCAACUUCUACAACCACUACUCCGAGAUUGCCUCCGUCUGCGCCAACUGGGACCUCAAGACCCUAGGCCGCUGGGACGUCGGCGCCAAUGUGUGGCAGGUCGUGGCCGAGAAGACCGGCGACGUCAUCCGCCCCUGGAGCGGCGACAUUCCUCUGGCCCAGAUGUACUGGAACCAGAGCUACGACGGCGUUUUCAACAGCGCCGUCGUUAACGGCGAGUAUCCCCGCCCCAACGCUUGCAUCAAGCGCAGUGGCCGCUCUAUUCUGCCUGCCAUCGGCGCUCUGUGGAAGGGCAACAAGAACCCCAACUAUUACGAGGACAAGAUUGAGAUCCCCGAUGGUCUCCACCCUCCUGCACACUACGGCUUCAAGGGUUAA